UGCACGAAGCCUGUUCUGCAGCAGGACAAAGAAAAACCAUCCCCAUCGCAGAAACGGAAAACUUUUCAUCUUGGCUGCACGGCAGAGGAAAGUUGGCAACUUAACUGUUAAACUUGCCUAUGACUAUUCAGUGCUGACAUCAGCAUGAUCUCAUCACUGUAACUUGAGCCAUCCGGCUUUUUUCUCCAGACUGCCUUUAAAUACCGGUCCUGGGAGCCAGCACAGCACAGAUCCCUCUGACUGGACCGGAGGGCAAACCCGGCAGCACCCCACAUAGAUGAAAGCAAAGAGAAGCUACAAAACUCCAGCCAUGUCCACAUCCCUGCGAGUGAGCCCCUCGGUCCACGGCUACCGCUUUGACACAGCCCUGCGCAAGAAAGCCGUGGCCAACAUCUUUGAAAGCAUCAACGAAGAGUCCCUACAGAAACUCUUCAAAAACUCCGGGGACAAGAAGGCAGAGGAAAGAGCCAAGAUAAUCCUCGCCACCGACCAGGACUUGGAGGAGAAGACGAGAGCACUAAUGGCACUAAAGCAGAGGCGAAAAGACAAGCUGCUCCAGUUCCUGACAUUUCGGAAAUACUCCAUUAAAGUUCACUGAACUGACAAAGGGAGCAGAAAUGGAGUCGAACGUUUCGGGACGGGACUGUCUGUGACCUCCUACCACCCUCGGCUGCCCCACGAGCUGCUGGCGGGAUGGGGGACCUGACAGACCGUCCGCAGGGCUUCAGCCCCACCGUGCACGCAGUGAACCGCGGCACCGACGGCAGCACCGGCACCGACGGCAGCGUGGCAGCCAGAGGCUCCCAGAGGGAGGGCAGCUCCCGGCGGGAUGGAGCAGGCUCCUCCGGGCAGCCGUGGGACCGAGCCGUGGCAGGACCCCACGCCUGGGCAUGACUCGAGACCUUCUGACGGACUCGGUGUUUACUGACUUCACCUGUGUGCUUUGCCUUUUCAAACUUGUUUCCUUAAAGUCUGAGCCCUUGCUGAGCCUCGCCGUUGUGGUCAGGAGGGAGGUUCUAGGGGCUGAUCAGCUACUGAUCACGGAUCACGCUGCAUUUGUUAAAAUGCAUGUAAGCGCACCGUAUAGGUGCAGUAAGUUCAACCUUCAGGGAAUGCAUUUGCUCUAGAGACACAGUAUGCAACUGUACCUUUUCUUUCUCAGGCUGUAUGUGUGCAGUAUAAAUUGUUUGCACAGAAGCAAUAAUAAUGACAUAUUUCCCUGAAUUUACUGUGAAGUUCCUUAAUAUUUUGUUCACUUCCCAUUAACACUAAAAAUCUAAAUAUCAUAACUACAGUUCUUAUUUGUAUAGAUUACAAUAGCUAUUAGACGAGUACUUCAUGGUAAUAUUUUAUGACAUUCUUAUAUCAACUAUAAUUUAUUGCAUAUGGCGAUCUGAAAUUUAAUAAAUUAUGAAGUAAAUAGAA